GAGGAAAAGAAAGUGAUGAUGAUGAGAGAGGAAGAAGGCAAGGAGGGCUAUAUAAGGGCAGUCUCAAAACGUCAGGGUGUCUGACCAAAGGCUUCCCCCGUAUUAAAAGGAGGGGAACAUUCUUUUUCUCUCUCUUUGUCCCUCUCUCCUCCUCUCUCCCUCUUCUCCUCCCUCACCUCACUCACAUCAAGCCUGUCAGAGGAGGGUCUAAAGGUGAAACUAAGCCCAGCAGGACCUGUGGAGUCAGAGGGAACUGGAGUCUUUGGCGAGCCAGAGGAGGACGCACACAAAAAGAGAAGGAAGGAAAGGGGGAGCUGAAGAAGAAAGACAAAGAAACACAGCACGACUGCAAAGCAAAGCAAAGCAAAGCAAGCCUCUCCUGGAGGGACCAGCCACCUUUUGCUCCUCACCUGUCCGCCUGGGCUCUGGGUUCACUGACUGAAACGGUGUGCCAGUUGGUCAGUUGGCUGCCUCAGCGCACACACGGGGCGACAACACGCACACACACACACCCGCACAGCAGUUUGGAGGCAGCUGGUACCCUGCCACAGACAUCUUGUCCGAGUCUCACUGGAUUUGCUUCUAAAUCCACAUCGGCAGAGAGAAUCUAAACAACUUCUGGCAAAAUUGGACUUUGAAUAACGAUGGGGACCAGCCGCCUCCUUGUAGGUGGUUUACUAAUAGCUGUCCUGUUGACUCUCAAUGAUGCUGGCCUGGUCAAGAAAAUUCUCAGACAUCGGCGAGAAACCCUGACAAGUCCUGGCGGCGCCAACAUCACCCUGCCCAACCCUCACCAGCCGGUCGUCUUCAACCAUGUCUACAACAUCAAAGUCCCUGCCGGCUCUCUGUGCUCCGUGGAUCUGGAUUCUCCCGGGAGCACGGAUCUGGAGCAGAAGGAUGCCCCGGACGGAUCACGCAUCACGGAACACACGCUGGACGGCGAGAACCAGAUCGUCUUCACCCACCGCAUCAACAUCCCCAAGCAGGCCUGUGGCUGUGCUGACGGGAUGCCGGAGCUGAAGAACCUGCUGAGCCGUCUGGAGAUGCUGGAGGGAGAGGUGUCCACCCUCAGGGAGCAGUGCACCAGCGGGAGUGGAUGCUGUGGAGCCCAGGCUACAGGUACUGUUGGUGUGACACCCUAUUGCAGCGGCCGUGGCAACUUCAGCUCUGAUAUCUGUGGCUGCAUUUGUAACCCUGGCUGGAGGGGAACCAACUGCUCCGAAUCUGACUGCCCAGACAACUGCUCAGACCAGGGUCGCUGUGUCGACGGAAAGUGCCUGUGCUUCGAGGGCUACAGUGGCCUUAACUGCAGCAUUGAGGUCUGCCGUGUGGACUGCGGAAAGUAUGGCACCUGCAUCGAUGGUGUCUGUGUCUGCAUUGAGUACUACGGCGGUGAGGACUGCUCUGAGUCCGACUGCCUGAACAACUGCCUCGGCCGCGGGAAGUGCGUUGAUGGUGACUGUGUCUGUGAGGAGCCCUGGACCGGCUUCGACUGCUCAGAGCUCAUCUGCCCCAACGACUGCUACGACCGAGGGCGCUGCAACAACGGCACGUGCCAGUGCGAUCCGGGCUUCACCGGCGAGGACUGUGGCCAGCAGACCUGCCCCAACGACUGCAUGGGCCGGGGCUUCUGUGUGGAUGGCAAGUGCGUGUGUAGUGCCGGCUACACCGGGGAGGACUGCUCAUCGCUCACCUGCCUGAACGACUGCAGUGACCGUGGCCAUUGCUUCAAUGGUGUCUGCAUUUGUGACACAGGCUACCAGGGUGAAGACUGUAGUCAGCUGGCCUGCCUCAACAACUGCAACGACAGAGGCCAGUGCAUCAACGGAAAGUGUGUAUGUGUUGCCGGCUUCCAGGGUGAAGACUGCUCCGAGCUCUCCUGUCCCAACAACUGCCGAAACCGAGGCCGCUGCGUCAACGGACAGUGUGUGUGCGAUGAAGGCUUUGCCGGGGAAGACUGCAACGUCAAGACCUGUCCGUCUGACUGCCACGGGCGGGGAGACUGUGUAGAUGGAAAAUGUGUGUGCCAUGCCGGCUUUACCGGCGAGGACUGCAGCGAGCUGAGCUGCCCCAACAACUGCCAGAAUCGCGGCCGCUGUGUGUCUGGGCAGUGUGUGUGCGAUGAGGGCUUCACAGGCGAAGACUGCAGCUUGAGAGCCUGCCCCAACGACUGUCUGGGCCGGGGCUAUUGCGAUGACGGACGCUGCAUCUGCCAGGAAGGCUUUGCCGGAGACGACUGCUCCGCGCUAACCUGCCCUGCCAACUGCAACAACAGGGGCCGCUGCGUCAAUGGCAUGUGCCAGUGCGAGACUGGAUUUGAGGGAGACGACUGCGGGCAGCGCAGCUGUCUGAACAACUGCCACGGCCUUGGCCGCUGCAUGGACGGCCAGUGUGUGUGUGACGAAGGCUACAUCGGAGAGGAUUGCUCAUUGGUUUCACCUGCGAAGGACCUUACAGUGACUGACGUGAACACAGAGUCAGUCAACCUCACCUGGACCAAUGACAUGCUGGUGACUGAAUACCUGGUCACCUAUGUGCCCACGGCUCCUGGUGGUCUGCAGAUGGAGCGCACAGUGCCCGGUGAUCGCACCGCAGCCACCAUUGAGGACCUUGAGCCCGGCAUCGAGUACCUGAUUAAAGUCUUUGCCGUCCUGAGCAACAAGAAGAGUGUGCCAGUUAGUGCUCGAGUUGCUACCCAUCUUCCACAGCCAGACGGUCUGAAGUUUAAGUCCAUCAGGGAGACAUCAGUGGAGGUGCAAUGGGACCAACUGGACUUCCCCUUUGACUCGUGGGAGCUUUCCUUCAGAAACACGAAAGAGGAGAAUGGUGAGAUCUUCAAUCCCCUGAACCGGGGACAGACCAGCUUUGAGCAGUUUGGUCUUGGGCCUGGUCAGGAGUACGAGGUCUCUCUUGGUGUCGUCAAGAACAACACCAAGGGACCAAAGGUGACCCAGACUGUUGUCACAAAACUCGACACUCCGGGAGAGAUGGAGAUCCGGGACGUGUCUGACACCUACGCCGUCAUCGCCUGGUCUCCGCCUGUGGCUCAGGUAGACACUGUCACUCUCACCUUUGGCCCCUCCUCCGACCCCUCGGACAGGAAGUCAGUGGAGCUGUCCCCCACUGACACCCAGCACACGGCUGACGGCCUCACCCCGGACACCGAGUACGAGGUCACCCUGGUGGCCAAGAGAGGCGACAUGACGAGCGACCCGGCCAUUAACACCUUCACCACAGACCUGGAUGCCCCCAUAGACCUGCAGGUGGUGGGCCAGACUGACAACACUGUGACCCUGGAGUGGACCAACACGCGGUCGGACGUGGACAACUACCGGGUCAAGUUCAGCCCGGUGUCUGGAACCGCUCACGGAGAGGAGUUGUUCCCCGAAGGAUCAGGAGACAAGACUACAGCCACCAUCACAGGCCUGAAGCCAGGAACGGAAUACGGCAUCGGUGUGACUGCUGUGAAGAAUGAACGGGAGAGCCUGCCAGCAACAGUCCACGCCGUGACCGACCUGGAUCCACCGAGGGACCUGGAGGUGAAGGAUUCCACCGAGACCACCCUGACCUUGGCCUGGAAGCGGCCCAGGGCCAAGAUCUCCAACUACAGGCUGGCGUACGAGUCCAGAACGGACGGCAGAUGGCAGGAGAUUGAGGUGCCGGGUGACGCCACCACCUACACCCUGACCAACCUGACUCCAGGAACACGGCACACAGUCACGCUGGUGGCAGAGCGAGGCCGGAAGAGGAGUGAGCCUGCGUCCACAUCGGCUUCCACAGCAUCUUUCACUUUCUAUCUAGCCGAGUCAGGCCCAGAGCUUGCAGCUCCAACUGGCCCCGAUGACAAUAUCAUUAGCUUUCUGCCAAUAGACAAUUAUGAUACCCAGGUCCCUGGACAGGAGGGGCCCAAGGAUCAGACAGGCACCCUGACUGUCUCGGACGUCACAUCUGACGGAUUCAAUCUGUCUUGGGAAUGGAAGGCAGACGUUCUGUACGAUAGCUACACAGUAGAACUGGCAGAUGCGCCUGGAUUGUGGGACAACCGGGAGAUCUAUCUCGCGGGAGACGCAGCAGGCGCUAGCGUCCGUGGGCUAAACGCCUCCACGGAAUAUCAAGUAAGGCUUUAUGGAGUACUCAAUAGCCAAAGGUCCUCGCUCCCGUUUGAAGCUGUUGCAGUAAUUACAGCACCCAAGCCUACCUCUCCAGAUGUUGUCGCAUUGAGAUUAAAAUUUGCACCCACAAGCCCACAGCCGGCUCCUGAAACAGGAGUCAGACCUACUACAGCCCGUACCAUCAGUACAACGCCACCCUCUAACACAACAGAGACACCAGGUACCAUGGUCCCUACCACAACAAAGGCACCAGGAACAGAGGCUGUGCCUCCUGAAAUAAGUGCCACACCUUCAACAAAGGUAUCAGGAACGGAGGCUGUGCCUUCUGAAACAGGAGUCAUACCUACAACAAAGGUAUCAAGAACGGAGGCUAUGCCAUCUGAAACCAGAGUCACACCUACAACAAAGGUAUCCGGAACGGAGGCUGUGCCAUCUGAAACCAGAGUCACACCUACAACAAAGGUAUCAGGAACGGAGGCUGUGCCUGCUGAAACGAGAGUCACACCUACAACAAAGGUAUCAAGAACGGAGGCUGUGCCUUCUGAAACGAGAGUCACACCUACAGCCAGUACCAUGGCCCCUACCAAAACCGAGACACCAGGAACAGAGUCUGUGCCAACAGAGCAGAUUGGCACAACAGACGGGGCAUCAGGCGAUAAGGCUGGGCAGGAAGGUUCUGGUCUAAGCCCCCUGAGUGAUCUCAAUGUCACAAAUGUGACCCAGACCAGUUUGUCACUCACCUGGUCAGUCCCAGAGCCAUCUGAAUUUGAUGGCUUCCGCAUUACACUCGUGCCCUGGGAGCAGACGGAGCAGCUUACACAGGUUAAACUGGUGCACAGCAGUGCCAGGAGUGCCCAUAUUGAUGGUCUACUCCCAGGGACACUGUAUGAGGUUUCUUUGUAUGGGAUGGUGGAGGGAGAACAGUCACUACCAAUCCUUGUUCUUGCUAACACAACAAAAGAGGAGCUGAAGCCUCAGGUGGGGAACCUGACGGUGUCCGAUGUGUCCUGGGACAGCUUUAACGUGUCCUGGACCGUCGAGGAGGGCGAGUUUGAGGGCUUUGUCAUAGAGGUGGCCAACAUGGAGGGCGGGCCCGAGCAUCAGAACCUGACGCUCUCUGGCGACGCCCUCAGCCUGUUCUUGUCCGGGCUCAGUCCCAACUCCACCUAUAUGGUCGCUCUCUAUGGCCUCCACAAGGGGUUACUCCUGGGCCCUGUCUAUACCGAGGCCACCACAGUGAAUUCUCCAGUGGUCGGAAAUCUGUAUGUAUCUAAUGUAACACACAAGAGCUUUUCUGUGUCCUGGAAUGGAACUGAGAGUGGAUUUGAUGGGUUCAUCUUGGAGGUCAUUGAUACUAGCUGGCAGAAGGAGCCAGCUGAGUUUAACGUAUCCCAUAAUACUAUGUCACGUACCAUCACUGGGCUCGAGCCCAGAACUGACUAUAUUGCCUUCCUCUAUGGUGUUAAGAAAGGAAGAAGAACUCACGCUAUCAGUACGGUUGCAACCACAGCCAAACCGCCCAACUUGUAUGGGCUUGUCAUUUCUAAUGUUACCUCAGACAGACUGUCCCUGUCAUGGAAGACAGGAGCGAGGGUCUUUGAUAACUUUGUAGUUGAGAUCAGAGAGUCUGCUUUGCCCUCGCAGGCCAUGGGCCGCACACUGCCCGGUGGGGCCCGCUCCACCGAGCUAACGGGCCUAAAAGGGAACACCCGCUAUAAUGUGAAACUCUACGCAAGCACAGGUGGAAAGAACACUUCGCCAAUCAACGCAGUGGCCAAAACAGAGGCUAGAGCCAAACUUGGCCGGUUAUCAGUAUCGAAAAUCACGCCGAAUAACUUCACUCUGAACUGGAAAACGGUGGCGGGCCAUUUUGACAGCUUUGUCAUUCGCGUGAAUGAUCGAAAAAUGCUGUAUGACACACUGGAGCUCACGCCUCCUGGCAAAACACGUAAGCUUGUCGUCAGCGGGCUGGUGGACUCCACGGCCUAUGACGUACAGAUGUACGGGCUCUCGCACGGGCGUCGAACGCCCCCUGUCUCCACACGUACACGCACAGCCUCACUCCCCAAAGUGGAGAACCUAACCGUGUCCGAAAUUACCCCGUACGGUUUCCGCCUGUCGUGGGGCCUGCGUGACGGGGACAAGUCGGUGGGCAGGCGCUUCAGCCGCCUUCAGGUAGAGAUUUACGACUCCGGGCGGCUGCUGGAGCCGCUGGAGUUCUCGUUGCCAGGCAACCAGACCUCGCUGGACAUCUGGGGCCUGAUCACGGGCAUAGGCUAUGAGGUCAAGCUGACCGGGCUGCUGCCGUCCGGGCUGCGUUCUCGGCCGCUGACCGCGGUGGCUGUGACAGAGGCCGAGCCAGAGAUCGAGCACCUCUUUGUGUCCGACAUCACCCCGGAGAGUUUCCGCAUCACCUGGACCGUGGAUGAGGGCCUCUUCGAUCGGUUCGUGAUCAAAGUUAGGGAUGCCAAAAAGCUCACUCACCCACAGGAGUUAAAUGUCGCCGGGGACCAGAGGACCCAGGUCUUCACUCAGCUAAUGGGGGGCACUGAGUAUGAGAUUGAGCUGUACGGCGUCACCCUGGAACACCGCUCUCAGCCUGUAACUGGUGUAGCAAGAACAGGACUCGGGGCUCCGCGGGGCAUUCGCUUCUCCGAUAUCACGGCCACAUCCUCCAAUGUCCACUGGACCGUUCCCCGCGCCGAUGUGGACUCAUACCGCGUGACAUUCCUGCCCCUGCAGGGAGGUAAUCCAGAGAUAGUGAUGACGGAUGGGACUCAAUCAGAUACGCUGCUGUCCAGUCUCAUUCCUGGGGAGACCUACCAGGUGACAGUGGUAGCCAUCAAGGGGCUGGAGGAGAGCGACCCUGUCACGGACACCUUCACUACUGGUCUGGAUAUGCCACGCAGCCUGACCGCUGUCAACAUCACCGACACUGAGGCCCUGUUGCUAUGGCAGCCUGCCAUUGCCACCGUGGAUGGCUACGUCAUCACCUACAGCUCUGAUAGCGUUUCCCCAGUGAUGGAGCGUGUGUCUGGCAACAUUGUAGAGUUUGAGAUGAGCUCCCUGACGCCCAACACUAAGUACUCCGUCAGUGUCUACGCUACCAAAGAUCCCCUGAAGAGCCAGGCUGCCACCACCGAAUUCACCACCGAGAUGGACGCUCCGAGGGACUUGGUGGCCAGUGAUGUCCAGACGGACAGCGCCACCCUCACCUGGACCCCCCCUCUCGCCACCGUCACCGGCUACAUCCUCAACUUACAGACGGCCGAUGGCCAUGAGAGGGAAGUAGUCCUUGAUGCCUAUGAAAACUCCUACACUGCGACUGGCUUGGACAGCUCCACCGGCUACACCGCACGGCUGCAGGCCAUCGCUGAUGACAAGAGGAGCAGCUUCGUCAGCACCACGUUCACCACAACUGGAGUCCUGUACACGCAUCCCAAGGAUUGUUCUCAGGCUCUACUGAAUGGGGAGAGCCAGUCCGGCCUGUACACCAUCUAUGUUGGAGGAGACGAGAGCCAGCCCAUGCAGGUCUACUGUGACAUGGAGACGGAUGGCGGUGGAUGGAUUGUGUUCCUCAGACGUCAGAGCGGAAAGACGGAGUUCUUCCGGAACUGGCGGAACUACUCCAAUGGCUUUGGCGACAUGAUGGAUGAAUUCUGGCUUGGUCUUUCAAACCUGCACAAGCUGACCUCCUCUGCUCAGUACGCGCUGCGGGUGGACCUGAGAGACGGGUCCGACUCGGCGUAUGCCUAUUACGACAAGAUCACCAUCAGUGAGCCACGCAGCCGCUACAAGAUCCAGGUCGGCACCUACAGUGGCACAGCGGGUGACUCAAUGACCUACCACCAGAACAGACCGUUCUCCACGUAUGACAAUGACAAUGACGUGGCUGUCACCAACUGUGCUUUGUCAUACAAGGGGGCCUUCUGGUACAAGAAUUGCCAUCGGGUUAACCUCAUGGGAAGAUAUGGUGACAACAGUCACAGCAAGGGCAUCAACUGGUUCCACUGGAAGGGUCAUGAGCACUCAGUUCCGUUUGCAGAGAUGAAGAUCAGGCCUGUCAACUUUGGCAACCUGGAAGGUCGGAGGAGAAGAUCAUAAAAAAAGAACUCGCCACACCCUCUUCCUCCAUGACCCGCCCUCCUCCUCCCUCCUCCUCCUCCUCCUCCUCCUCCUCCACCUCGUCCUCAGCCGACCCCCCCACCCCCGGACACUACCAAGAGCAGCCUGAACUGGCCAAGUACAAUCCGAGCCAGCCACCACGGCUUCCACAACACAAUCAGAAAAGUGGCUUUAGUCACUGGUGUCAAUGUCUGGACACAAUCUCACAGAAGCAUCCUCUGUGCCCCCAGUGGCUGGACAAGUGGGGGAUAUUUUUCUACAUUGAAAAUGUUUUUGCGCACACACAAGCCAGAAGGAUUGAUAUAGUAUAUUAUAAGUUCAGAAUGGCAUGGUGCCUCCACUUCUGAAUUCUCGAGUUUAUCCUGUCUCAUCGCUCAUGGAUUUUUUAAAUGUCAUUAUUUCUGUUGAGAAUUUCUUCCCAUGGAAUUGAUGCUGGUGCUUUAUGACUUUUUUUUUCUUUGGAGGCCAAUGUGUUUUGUCAAAUAGUUUUAUAAACGCAAGUCCCACAAGAACACUAUCACCUUUUAGAUUUGUUUUAAAUGUUGUUUGUGAGUUUAUUGCCUUUUUGAAAAGGUGGUAGUUGUCUCACAUUUUGGUCUUUUUUGUGAAGAGCUUUCAAAAUAUAUAUGAAUAUUAUUGAAUGUACCAGGCAUAGUGGUUAAACAUGAAAUGUCCCAGAUGGAGUAGUAUCACCACUAAAUGAGAAAGUAAUUGAAUAUACCAUUUGAAACUAUCAACAGAGGGUCACCAAAUUACAAAUAUCUGUUAGGCAGGGAUACAAUUUGCGAUGGGUUUUCUUUUCUGAGUGCCAGGGUAUUUUUGUUUCAGGUGUUAUUUGUCAGACUUAAAUUGGCCCUGGACACAAAAUAAGUACAGGAAACAAAGCACUUCAUGUUGUGAUAAGUUUUACACAUUCCCAAAAUGUCUGUGGUAGUGGAAAACACCACACAUUUUCACAAAAAAGCCUGUAAAAUGUUUCCUUUUGUUGUCUGUAAAGUGGAGAGAAAAAAUAUUUGUAUCCCUUAUUACAAUAAAAUACUUUGUUAAAAA